AUGGCAGAGGCACGGCGAGCAUCUCAACCCAUCAACUUUGUCCAUCAGGAUGAAAUCUGGAAAGCCCAUGUGAACGCAGAAAAGGACCUAGCAGAGGUGUGGCCUAACAAGUGGGGUUUCCUCAGUGACGUCUACAAGGAGUAUGAAAGGGACAGCCUCAACCUGAAGAAAGUAGCCACAAUGGAACCUACCAAACGACCUUUGACUCCCCCAGAAAAAGCCCCUCCCCUCCAGUGCCAAAGACUAGUCAGGCUGUGA